AUGUCUCUUUCAAACAAGCUUUCUAUUACCGAUGUGGAGUUGACGGAUAAGAGAGUUUUGAUCAGAGUUGAUUUCAACGUCCCCUUAGACUCCGAUAAAAACAUCACCAACAACCAGCGUAUUGCCGGAGCCGUCCCAACUAUUAAAUACGCCAUCGACAAUGGCGCGAAAUCCGUUAUCCUCAUGUCCCAUUUGGGACGCCCAGAUGGAAAAGUCAACGCCAAAUACUCAUUAAAGCCAAUAGUAGCAGAGCUUGAGAAGCUCUUGGGAGGCAAGAAGGUCGAGAUGGCGCCAGACUGUGUAGGAAAGGAGGUCGAGGAGAUCGUCAACAAGGCUUCCGGGGGUCAAGUCGUGCUACUUGAGAACUUGAGAUUCCAUGCUGAGGAGGAGGGAAGCUCUAAGGAUGCUGAGGGAAAGAAGGUUAAGGCUGAUAAGGAGAAGGUGGAGGAGUUCAGAAAGGGUUUGACUGCUUUGGGUGAUAUUUAUAUCAACGAUGCAUUCGGAACCGCCCACAGAGGUCACAGCUCAAUGGUUGGUGUUGAUCUUCCACAAAAGGCCUCUGGAUUCCUCAUGAAGAAGGAACUCGAGUACUUUGCCAAGGCAUUAGAGAACCCUCAACGACCAUUCUUGGCCAUUCUCGGAGGAGCCAAGGUUUCUGAUAAGAUCCAAUUGAUUGACAACCUUCUCGGCAAAGUCGACAAGCUCAUUGUUUGCGGUGGUAUGGCAUUCACAUUCAAGAAGACCUUGGAAGGUGUCAAGAUUGGAAACUCUCUCUUUGACGAGGCUGGAAGCAAGACCGUUAAGGAUCUCGUUGAGAAGGCCAAGAGGAACAAUGUCGAGCUUGUCUUGCCAGUUGACUACAUCACCGCAGAUAACUUUGCCAAGGAUGCCAAGACUGGCACUGCUACUGACGAAGAGGGUAUUCCAGAUGGAUGGAUGGGACUUGACUGUGGAGUUAAGAGUAUCGAACUCUACAAAAAAGCCAUCAACGAGUCCAAGACUAUCCUCUGGAACGGACCUCCAGGAGUCUUCGAGUUCGAGGCUUUUGCCAAGGGUACCAAGGCAACUCUUGAUGCCGCUGUGGAUGCUGCACAGAGUGGAAAGAUUGUUAUUAUUGGUGGUGGUGAUACCGCUACUGUGGCUGCCAAGUACGGUGUUGAGAGCAAGCUUAGCCACGUUUCAACUGGUGGUGGAGCUUCUUUGGAAUUGCUCGAGGGCAAGGACCUCCCAGGUGUUUCUGCUUUGUCGAGUAAGUAA